AUGUCGAGCGGCAACGCCCAGGCGCCCCUCCCCUUCGGGUACCAGUUCGUCGCUGGUGCCGUCGCCGGUGUGUCGGAGAUUCUGGUUAUGUACCCAUUGGAUGUUGUCAAGACCCGAGUUCAACUGCAGCAAGGCGCUGGCGCUGCUGGUGAGGAAGGAUACAAUGGCAUGUUCGACUGCUUCCGCAAGAUCAUCCGCAAUGAAGGUGCCUCCCGUCUCUACCGUGGUAUCUCCGCCCCCAUCCUCAUGGAGGCACCCAAGCGCGCGACCAAAUUCGCCGCCAACGACUCAUGGGGCGCCUUCUACCGCAACCUCUUCGGCGUCGAGAAGCAAAACCAGUCCCUCGCCAUCCUAACCGGUGCUACCGCCGGAGCAACCGAAUCCUUCGUUGUCGUCCCCUUCGAACUCGUCAAAAUCCGUCUGCAAGACCGCGCCUCCGCCGGAAAAUACAACGGCAUGCUCGACGUCGUCCGCAAGAUCGUCGCCGCCGAGGGUCCCCUCGCCCUGUACAACGGCCUCGAGAGCACAUUAUGGCGCCACAUCCUCUGGAACUCCGGCUACUUCGGCUGUAUCUUCCAAGUGCGCGCGCAGAUUCCGGCGCCCGAACCAGGCAACAAGGCCCAGCAGACCCGCAACGACCUGAUCGCGGGUUCCAUCGGAGGAACGGCCGGUACGAUCCUCAACACGCCCAUGGACGUCGUCAAGUCGCGCAUCCAGAACAGCCCCAAGGUCGCGGGCCAGACGCCCAAGUAUAACUGGGCCUGGCCUGCCGUGGCCACGGUCAUGAAGGAGGAAGGGUUCGCGGCGCUGUACAAGGGCUUCACGCCCAAGGUUCUGCGACUGGGUCCUGGCGGUGGAAUCCUGCUCGUUGUGUUUACGGGAGUCAUGGACUUCUUUAGGAAGAUGAGGGGGGAGGCUGUCUAG